AUGACAGCGAUUCUCCCCAUUACCAACUCCAAACCCACUCCUUCUCCUCCUCCUUUCCGACGACUUUUCGUUAGAGUAUUGGAGGAAAUCGCAUUUGAAUCGAAGAUCCUUGAUACAUUUCUGAUGAUGAUUCUCUUUAUUUGUGUUCUCGGGGUCCUCGUGAUUUCUCCACAGUUUUUACAAGUUUAUGGAGCACAGGAGUUCAAGGGAUACGAUUUGAGAAGAGAUCCCCCAACGCGCCUCCUCUCCAAUCUCAUUGAACAUUGCAGAAAAACUGAUUGUGGAGAUCGCGUUCAAUCUGCUGCAAUCUUUUUGGAUGACAUGGUAAAACUUCUCGUUGACCUCGAUGAAAAAGUGGAUCCUGGAUUCUUGGCUACACUCGAAAUGUUCGCCAUGGACCUCCAACACUGCAAGGACGCUGCAUGUCUCAUUGAUUUCGAGGCGGAGAAUGGUCAAGUGUUUGCAGUGACUCUUUCGAAGGCCCUGAAUCUUAUCCGUGAGUCACCAGAGCGAGCGGAUGAAGUCGUCAUGCGUGGAUACCAGUUUGCGGAAAUUUUCGGAUAA